CUGCAGGUUGUGAACAAAUUCGCGUUGCCAUUGGUGUUCGUCGUGCUUUGUUGUAUAUUUUCAUCAUUCCUCGGUGCCUUCGUCAGAUUCAACGGUUCUGACUCCCUCAUGUUCUGCAUGAUGGGUGACCGGCCGGUGGACGUAACGACCUACUACGAGACCAAGCGGGUGCGGCCGAACUGUACUGCCGACGGCUUGCGGCCGCUGUUCUGCUCCGACAACGGCACCUGUGACGCCUAUUACGAACGCGUGAAGAACGUGAAGGUGUGGCGUGGUAGUCAUGUGCCAGCCAUCCGACUUGAGCGAGCGAUAAAGGGAAUCGGCAGCGGUGUGUUCUUCGACAAUCUUUGGCCGAAGCACACCCGCUUCGGCGACGUGCUGUCCAAGGAUUCCAGGGACAAGAGUGACCGGCAGCGAUCCACUGGCUUCUACGUGUUUGCCGAUUCGACCACGUCAUUCAUGAUUCUCAUCGGUGUCUUCUUCCCAUCGGCCACCGGAAUCAUGGCUGGUUCGAACCGAUCUGGAAAUCUUCGAGAUGCGUCACAUCUGAUGGGAGUGGUGAUCUUCGGCGCGUCAGUAUCGGAAAUGUUCAUCCGGGACAAGUAUGGUCAGUCUGGAAUGGGAAAACUAACCAUUUCAGAAAUCGCUUGGCCAUUACCAAACGUGAUUUUGUGGGGAUGUCUUGGUGCGACUAUCGGCGCCGGAAUGCAGUCGCUGACAGGGGCGCCACGUUUGUUGCAAGCCAUCGCUUCCGAUGAUGUCAUUCCGUUUCUAAAACCAUUUCGAAAGAUGGACAAUCGCGGUGAACCGAUCCGAGCCAUCUUCGUCACACUGCUCAUCUGCUGGUUAGGCAUUCUCAUCGCCGUCAUCGAGAACAUCACCGCACUCAUCACUCAAUUUUUCCUGAUGUGCUAUUUGGGUGUGAAUACCGCAUGUGCUCUGCAAUCACUGCUCAAAUCACCUGGAUGGCGACCGUCAUUCCAAUAUUUUCACUGGUCUUUGUCGAUGUUCGGCGCUUUUCUAUGCGUAGCAGUGAUGUUUAUUUCGGCCUGGCAUUUCGCUUUAAUUGCAAUUUUUAUUGGCGCUGCCGUCUACAAGUACAUCGAAUACGCGGGAGCUGAAAAGGAAUGGGGGGACGGCAUCAGAGGACUCGGAUUGAGCGCCGCCAGAUUUGCAUUGCUAAAUCUUGACAACAAACCACAGCACACUCGAAAUUGGCGGCCACAGCUACUCGUACUCCUUGACAACACCGACUCAGCAAACACUCGCGGAAUGCUUUCAUUCGUCAGCCAGCUGAAAGCUGGAAAGGGUCUCACUCUAGUUGCGAUGUGUGCAGAAGGUGAUUUCUCCAGAGAUGCCGAUGACGCCUUCAAACAAGAACGGAACCUCGAUCUUCUAAUGAAGAAGAACAAGAUCAAGGGAUUCGGUGAUGUGCUUCUGACGGAGGACAUAACUGAAGGUGUUAGCUGUCUAAUACAGACAUCCGGUCUAGGAGCCCUGCGCCACAACACGGUAAUGAUUUCAUGGCCGGAGCAAUGGAACACGGAACACUCAUGGCACGUCGGACACCGAUUUGUUUCGGCUCUUCGCGCUUGCUCAGCUGCCAAGUGGGUGGUGCAUGAUGGCGGCCUGCUGAUGUUGCUGCCGUUUCUGCUGAAACAGCACAAAACAUGGAAAAACGUGUCCAUUCGAUUGUACGCCAUUGCCCAGUUGGAAGACAACAACGUGCAGAUGAAGUCUGACCUCGAGAAGUUCCUCUAUCAUCUUCGCAUAGAGGCUGAAGUCUACGUUAUCGAAAUGCCAGACUCAGAUAUCUCGGAUUACACGUACGAGCGAACACUGAAAAUGGAGGAACGUACGAAACUGCUGAAAAAUCUAAAUAAGGCAGAUCGUGAAAAGGAUCUACAGACGCAUAUUGAAGAGGUUGUGAGGGAACGAAAGCUGAGCAAAAUCAACGAAGAUGAGCCGGUCUUGGCUGUGGAGAACACCCUUGAUGUGAUGUCCGAGGACACGGCUGACUCCGAGUCGAGGAAAUCUGCCAAAGUCGAAAGCAAAGGAGUGCGCUUCAGCGAUAUCCACCAGCCGGGAAAUGGUACUCUGGAGCGCGACACCGAGGAGAAACGGCGGAAACGACGCUACAACGUGCAUAAGAUGCAUACAGCAGUGAAACUGAACGAGCUGAUGAGGGAGAAAUCCCAUGAUUGCCAGCUGCUCAUCGUGAACCUACCUGGGCCACCCGAUCAUGAUUCGGACACCUACUAUAUGGAGUUCAUUGAGGCGCUGACAGAGGGAUUGAAUCGGGUGUUACUGGUGCGAGGCACGGGCGCAGAAGUCAUCACCAUCUAUUCAUAG